CGAGCAUCAAAUCUCAUCAUGUCUGGACGUGGAAAGGGAGGCAAAGUCAAGGGAAAGGCUAAGACCCGUUCCAGCCGUGCGGGACUUCAAUUCCCCGUGGGACGUAUCCACCGUCUUCUCCGCAAGGGCAACUAUGCUGAGCGCGUCGGUGCUGGCGCCCCCGUCUACCUGGCCGCCGUCAUGGAGUACCUGGCUGCUGAGGUCCUCGAGUUGGCCGGCAACGCUGCCCGUGACAACAAGAAGACCCGUAUCAUCCCCCGUCAUCUUCAGCUGGCCAUCCGCAACGACGAGGAGCUGAACAAACUGCUCUCCGGCGUCACCAUCGCCCAGGGAGGUGUCCUGCCCAACAUCCAGGCCGUCCUCCUGCCCAAGAAGACUGACAAGAAGGCUUAAGUCGAUCCAGAAGCCCAAUUAAAUCGGCCCUUUUCAGGGCCACCCAUAUC